GUUCACCUCUAUCAACUUUAGUCGCAAAAUAAACUUACAACACUUAUAUACAGACAAAACCACACGUAGCGUAGAUUAAUCCCUCACCAGCCCUCGCCGGAAUCUCGUUUUGCCGUUCAACCUUCUACUGACUUCUCCUUUUUCUUUUUCCUUCAGCUCUGAGGUCAUAUAAUUAACCUCCGAUCUGAAGAAGUAGUUAUAUAUAUAGCUGCUUCUUUUUAUUCUGAGAACAAAAUAACCCCUGAGCUGGGUAAAGUGGAGUUCGUGAUGGGAUUUUGUAUCUGUCCUUUGGAAACUCCUGCUAGAUUGCUGUGGAGUACUAGUUUCUUCCGCCACAAGCUCAUGCUCUUUUGAAACUUAGUCAACUCUCUUUUUCUAUAUAUAUCCCAGCUAAAAGAAACUCUGCUCUAGAGUUUUUCUUUUCUCUGUUUACACAUACAUAUAAACUUCUGUGUGUAAAUAAAUUUUCUACGGCGAUCCAGAUCAUUGAAAAUAUGGGAUCUGGGCAUAUAUUUUUCGACCCGUCUUGUCACGGCAACAUGUUGUUCCUUGGGAAUUCAGAUCCUGUUUUCCGAGGACCAAGAUCGAUGAUGAAGAUGGAGGACUCCUCAAAGAGGCGACCUUUCUUUAGCUCGCCGGAGGAACUAUAUGACGAGGAAUAUUACGACGAGCAGUCGCCGGAGAAGAAGCGCCGUCUCACUCCCGAGCAGGUGCACUUGCUGGAGAAGAGCUUUGAGACGGAGAACAAGCUGGAGCCAGAGCGUAAGACUCAGCUAGCCAAGAAGCUUGGCCUGCAGCCCAGGCAGGUGGCUGUGUGGUUCCAAAACCGCCGUGCCCGGUGGAAGACCAAGACCCUUGAAAGGGAUUAUGAUCAGCUCAAAUCCUCUUAUGACUCUCUUCUCUCUGAUUUUGACUCCAUGCGCAAAGAUAAUGAGAAGCUCAAAGCUGAGGUGGUUUCAUUGAUGGAGAAGUUGCAGGGGAAAGUGGUGGGAGGAGCAGGGGUAAGUGAAAAAUGUGAGGUUUUGGAGGUAGAUGCUAUGACCCUUCAAGUGAAGGUGAAGGCGGAGGACAGGCUGAGUAGUGGCAGCGGCGGAAGCGCGGUGGUCGAUGAGCACAGUCCACAGCUGGUGGACAGUGGGGACUCCUAUUUUCACAAUGGUCAUAUUGAAGAUUAUCCAGUUGGGCCUGGAGGAUGCAAUAAUAUUCCUCCGCCUAUGGAUGGUUUGCAGUCAGAGGAGGAUGAUGGUAGUGAUGACGGUGGCGGCCAUGGCUACUUCUCUAAUGUCUUUGUGGCGGCAGAGGAGCAACAACAUGAAGAAGGAGAGCCUAUUGGAUGGUUCUGGUCUUAAAUAAAUAAGGGAUUUUAGAAUGUAUUAUUUUACAGUAUUUCUUAUCUGCGCUUGUAUGAUGAAUAAGUGGUGUAAUUCGAACGUAUAAUUCAAACCCCUAUUAUAUGCAUGCUUUUGCAUCUUUUAUUCUCUUGAA